UGCUCGGUAGCUGAUACAAGAAACCCGAAACUGACCAGUGGUUUGGGUGGUUAAAACAUAUACUGCAACGGAUUGUCAUCGUUAUCUGACACAACAUAGUCUGGAAACAUGUCGGGAGACGACGAGAUGAUAUUUGACCCCAACAUGUCCAAGAAGAAGAAGAAGAAGAAGAAGCCUUUCAUGCUGGAUGAAGAAGGAGGGGACGGUGCCAGUGAGGAUGCUCCACAGCCAGAAGCGAAGGAGGUGGAGGUGGAUGGAGGAGAGGACAGAGAGGUGGACUUUGACGAGGAUGAGGGAAGGAGGAAAGAAAUCUCUGAUGAUCUGGAUGACUUGAACUUCUUCAACCAGAAGAAGAAGAAAAAGAAAAAGGCAAAGACAUUUGACAAUGACGUAGAGGAGGGAAUGAAGGAGCUGAAAAUUGAGACCGAGCCCUCUGAAACCAAUGAAGAGGACGACUUGAUGUUAGAACUAGGAAAAAAGAAAAGGAAGUCCAAGGCUGUGAAUUUCGACAUGGAUGACGACAUGGAAAUCAAAGACGACGCCCAGGAAGAGGAUGACGUAAAGAACACUGACGACAUUACGUUCAGCAGCACACGGUUGGGCCCUGCGUGGGCGGGCUCAGAGAGAGACUACACAUAUGACGAGCUGCUGAACCGUGUCUUCAACAUCAUGCGGGAGAAGAACCCUGACAUGGUGGCUGGGGAGAAGAGGAAGUUUGUCAUGAAGCCUCCCCAGGUGGUCCGAGUGGGCACCAAGAAGUCGUCCUUCGUCAACUUCACCGACAUCUGCAAACUGUUGCAUCGGCAGCCAAAACAUCUCCUGGCCUUCUUGUUGGCUGAGCUUGGAACAAGUGGCUCUAUAGACGGAACUAAUCAGCUCAUCAUCAAAGGAAGGUUCCAGCAGAAACAGAUAGAGAAUGUCUUACGAAGAUAUAUUAAGGAGUAUGUGACGUGCCAUACAUGCCGCUCCCCUGACACCAUCCUCCAGAAGGACACAAGACUCUACUUCCUGCAGUGCGAGACCUGCCACUCCCGCUGCUCCGUCGCCAGCAUCAAGGCAGGUUUCCAGGCAGUCACAGGCAAGAGGGCACAGCUCCGUGCCAAAGCCAAUUAAAACCACCACCGCUGCCCCAUCUCUCCCCCCUCCGUGCUCUGUUUCUCUCUCAGAAGCAGAGUGGACAGGAUGGGGCAGGCUGGACGCUUUUAUGGACUGUCUGUAGAUUUGUUACCUAUUGUAAAGAAAUGAAUAAAUCGCAUACCACCUGGGUGAUCACA